AUGCACCUCACUCCUCUACAACCUAUGCACGUCCAACUCGCCUCCGGCUCGGUGGAUCUCACCAUCGAUGCCAUCACUCCUACUCCCACCACCCCGACCCAGCUACACAUCCACCUCGAUGAAGCCUUUGUGCACCAUUGUCUCUCCGUCCCCCUCCCAUCGACCGGUACCUUUGACGAAGCACGGUCUCUGACCGCGCACGCCAAAGCCCAAUUCCACCCCGCCGACCGCUUCCAACGAGGAGAAUGGCUACUCGCCGAGUCCGUCGCCUCGGGGGAACUGAAGACCGGAUGGAAAGACAUCUGUGAGGUCCAGCUGGUGUGUCGCGCAGGAUUCGAUCUUGUCCGGCGACGACGACGGGGCCGCGAAUCGCACGGUCGUGGACGAAGCUCUCACGCGAGAUUCGGUCGACAUACUAGGGCCAACCCUUACGUGGAAUCCAGCGAGGAGACAGCAUGGCAGAAUAUCGACUGGGUGGUGCAACGAGCCCGUCAACUGAACAAACAUCUGGAUUUCCAUCUGGAUUAUCAUCGAGAUCGGGAUCAGGAACCCCACCCCCCCAGCGGUGUGAUAUGUUCUGGACGCCCUGCAUCGGAACCAAUGGAUGACUCGCACCACCGAGAAACGGGUGAUGUUGGGCCAUUGUUCGCGCUUGACGCUGUUUCGUCCCGAGGAAUGGGUCCGGUUGGCGCAAGAGAUCCUCCGUUUCGAUCUCCCUGUCAGAUUCGUCGGCUUGCCUACCAACGAUUUGUACAUGGCUGCACCACCGUCCGCGACAGAGGGGGACGCUGGCCGAUCCCGAGGGACUAUCCCCGUGCCGGAGAUGAUCCGCAGGAAUGCUUUUACGCCGUGAGGGUCUUCGGAUCCCUUGUCGCUGGCAUGUCUGUGCGUCAGGGUCAGACAUGCACUGUACGAAUGUGUGCCGACGCGAUGAAACCAGACGAUCGGGCGGGUCUCCUGCUAUUCUACGAGGUCGAUGAUACCGAUGUGGUGUCUCUGCCACGGAGAAGUGUGGCCGAUGUCGUGUGGGAUUCCCCGUCCGAUUGA